AGAAAAUCUGUGAUAAUUUAUCUUACCAAAAAUUCCGCAUGCGUUCAGAUUUCCUGAAAUGCGGGAAAUUUCCCACCUGUUGGCAACACUGGAUUGCAGACCAACAUGUGAUAAUGUGAUUGAGUGAGACUGAGAUGCAGAUUGCAGUGCAUAUAUAUGGGAAGGAAGAGUAUAGAGUACAGUUGUAUAGACUGAAGAAAAAAAGAAAAUUAUGGCGUCUACACAUCCAUCUUCUAUUCACUUUGCAUCGGAACUUCAAAAUGCGAUGCUGUCAUUCAAGUGCUGGCUGUGCGAGAAUUUGUUGUCAGUGCCGCCGAUAAUGGUGCUUUCUAAAGAUGGAAAACAAUUGAAAUGCGGAAGAUGUAAAAACAACGAGGAGAAACCGUCGAUUUGCAGGAAUUUCGCUUUCGAAAAUGUGGCAAUGUUUUCCUCAGUUCCUUGCAUGUACAAAGAUUGCAAUAAAAUAACGCCGUGGAAAGAGGUGGAAAGACAUGAAGACGCUUGUGAUAAAAAGACGAUCAAAUGUCCAAUCUAUUACGAAGAAUGUGAAGGGAUUUUUCAGGUGGACAGCGUGGUUUCGCACUGCCGCCGUUUUCAUGCCGACAAGAUAUUUUUUAACACUUUCAACUAUGAAUUGUCUACCCAUCCAUUAUCACGCAUGAUAUGUUUCUUGGCAUACAAUGGUGAUCAUCCUCAAAACUUCAUUCUGAUGAUCAUAAAUACGUUUAGUUCGUCGGAGGUAUAUGUUGCUUCCCUCAAAGAAAUCGAUGAAUGUUUCAGAUACGAUUUGAAAUUAUCCAGCACAAAAAACGGCACCUCUGUCACAUAUGAAGAUCAGCCUAUCAGUAAAUAUGUUGAGAUGGAUCAUUGUCUCACGUGUAUGGUUGCUGAAUGCGAUUUGCCUCGGUAUCCCCAUACAAAAAUGCAACAACGUAUCCCUGUUAAUAUUCAUUUCAAAAAAAUUGAUCUAACUGUCAUGAAACCUCUUUUUGGUGAUAUUUCCAAAAUUAAAUUCACCAUUACAAUCGUGCCGAAGGAAAAAUAUUCCGAUUCAUCGUUGGGUACCGUGAAUCAAUGUUUGAAAAAAGAAUUAUGUUGUCCUAUAUGCAUGGAAUACAUGAUCAGUGAAAUCUACAACUGCGAAAAAGGACAUGUUUUGUGUAACACCUGCAAAAUCCAGCUGACUGAAUGUCCUUCAUGUGGAACAAAUAUUGGAGAAUCAAGAAGUUUUCCUUUGGAGAAUUUGGCUGAUGAAGUAGUGCUCACUUGUCUGUUUUACAAAAACGGCUGUAAGUUCACUGGAAAACUAAAAUCUCUUUCUUCACAUGAGAAAGAAUGUGUACAUAAACAGGACAGUAAUCCUGAUAAGGAUUGAUUAUUAUAGUUGUAUUUUUUAUGUUACAGUUUUUCACUGGACUAUAAUCAUGCUCUCAGUGUAUCAGGGUGUUUCAUUGGGAAAGGUAAAUAAUUCAACUGUGGAUAGGGGUCACUGGGGUGAUUCAAAAAAACCCAUGGUUAAUGGGUCUUCGAUUUCUUAUAACCGAGAUACAGGAUGUUUCAUCAAUUUUGCCCAUAUCUUGAUUGUCUCAUAAUUUUCCAACCAACCCGUAUAUAUUUUUAAAAAUUGGUAAACUUGCUCAAUGUACCCUGUGGAAUUGAUUGAGGCAACAACAAAAGAUAAAAUCCAGGUCCGGCUUCACUUAACAUUCACAAAUUCUUUCUGCCAGAAAACAACACCCUAUACAUUCGAAUUUCUCAUUUUUUUUUUGCCAUAUCUGAAAAUAACAUCAAAAUUCCUAUUCAACGAUGUGCUUUUUAUUCGUGCACAGACGAUUUUGACUAUUCAUAUUAUGUGCUCAAAAUAUUAUUUUUGCUCAUUUUGGGGUACAGAAUUGGAAUCAGACUAGAUUUAUUAAUUUUAUUACUUCCUAUUCAGUAUACGUGAGUAUAACAUUCAGAAGGAGUAUUUCUUAUCGUUCUUUGUUCCAGACUUAGUUGCAGGUCCGUCAUCAAAACUAUAAAGGGCUUUUCACGAUGAGCGUUAAUUUGACGUUUUCGGCAAACCAGGCAACGGAUAAAUCUUAAAUUUCAAUGGUAUGUAUAAAUUAACAUAAUCUACACUACUGAAAUAUUUGAAACGAUCCGGCCUUGCCGCUUCUACUAGAAAGUAGCAGAAACUUCGAUUUUUCAAAUGGGACUCCCUGUAUUUCAUUACAUUCUUGGAUUCUUGCUGAACAGCAGAAUUCAUCGAUUCAAAACAUUCAAGGUCUAGCGGGACUGAUAACUGAGAUAUAGGAUGUGGAAAAUCGAGAUGUUUCAACUUUAGGAAUGUUUUGUGUUGAAACUAUUUAUUAUUGCAUGGUCAAAACGGCUUCAAUGUCCCUAUCUCAACUUCCCAUUCGAUAUUCAAUUGACACAGAUGGAGGGUGGCGCAGAAAUCUGAAUUAUGAACGAUCCUGGAUUUGUUUCGAUUAAAUGUCAAUAGAUACAAAGUUAAGAUAGGGACAUAAAAGCCGUUUCGAUCAAUAAUAAAUAUUUUAAAGUUGAAACAUCUCUAUUUUUCUCACUCUAAAUAUCUCAGUCAUUAGUCCCACUAGACCCCGAACUUUGUGAAUCGAUUAAAUCAGCUCUUCAGGAAGCAUCCAUCAGGGUGUCCCAUUUGAAAAAUCAAAGUUACUGCUACUUUCGAGUAGAAGCGGCAACGCCGGAUUGUUUCAAAUAUUUCAGACGUGUAGAUCAUGUUAAUUUAUACAUACCUUCGAAUUUUCAGAUUUAUCCGUUGCCUGGUUUGCCAGAAACAUCUAAUUAACGCUUAUCGUGAAAAGCCGCCUGUAAAGUUUUGAUGACGGACCUGCAACUAAGUCUGGAACAAAGAACGAUAUGAAAUACUCCUUCUAAAUGUUAUACUCACGUAUACUGAAUAGGAAGUAAUAAAAUUAAUAAAUCUCGCCUGAUUCCAAUUUUGUACCCCAAAAUGAGCGAAAAUAAUAUUUUGAGCACAUAAUAUGAAUAGUUAAAAUCGUCUGUGCACGAAUGAAAAGCACAUCGUUGAAUAGAAAUUUCGAUGUUCUUUUCAGAUAUGGCAAAAAAAAUGGGAAAUUCGAAUGUAUAGGGUGUUGUUUUCUGGCAGAAAGAAUUUGUGAAUUUUAAGUGAAGCCGGACCUGGAUUUUAUCUUUCGUUGUUGCCUCAAUCAAUUCCACAGGGUAGAUUGCGCAAGUGUAUCAAUUUUUAAGAAUAUAUACAAGUUGGUUGGAAAAAUUGAUGAAACAUCCUGUAUCUCGGUUAUAAGAAGUCGAAGACCCAUCAACCAUGGGUUUUUUGAAAUCACCUCAGUGACCCCUAUCCACAGUUGAAUUAUUCACCUUUCCAAAUGAAACACCCUGUAUAUAUCCUUCAAUAAAUACAUAUGGGAACUAAAGACAAAAACAGUGCGAAAAAAGUUCCAGCUAGUGCGACAAGUGGAAAUAAACGGUAUUAGUGUUUAAUUAUAAGUAGGUACAGAAAAUAUGUUUAAUUUCAAGUCCCCAAUCUAACUUUUGUUGAUGAAUCCACAUUAAAAAAUUCAGUAUAUAGGGUUUCAUCAUUAUAUUUUCCUUACGUAUACACGUCUGGCAAGAAUAAUUUUCCUAUAGAGAAACCGUGUAAGGAAAUGAAUACCCAUGUUGAUUCAAAAAGAGGAAAAAAGCAUCGUUGCCUCACCUCUACUUGAGUAUGGCACGUGUGGCAAACGAUAAUUCCUUCCUUUGUUAAAAUGUCCAUGAAUCUAAUGCGUAUUCACUUCAUCAUGCGGUUUUUCUAAAAUAUUCUUGACAGACGUGUAUGAGUAUUAUUGACGACUACUACUACUAUACAGGGUGUCCCUAGACCAAUGGGACAGUUAAAUAUCUUCUGAACCAAUAGGAAUUUUCAAAAUAUUAUAAUUCCACAUCAUAUCGCAUUAUGAGUGCUAACUUCAGGAAUGACUAUAUUUUAUACGAGGGGCGCAAGAGAGGCUCACAAAAUCGAACAUGAAUUUUUUCGAAUAGAACACCCUGUAUUUCAUUGCAUUUUCAUAUUCUCCUUGAAGAGCUGAAUUCAACGACCUUGCACAUUUGGG